CCCAGUAGUCGCACACCAUGAUGCCCGUCAUCGCGCCCAGCAGCACCGCGUACGCAGACAUCACGUUGAUGAACACGCCCGCCGUCGACAGCAGCUGCCACGGCUGGAUCAGAAUCGAGAUGCACAGCCCCAGGUACGCGCCGCGCCGCAGCGUCAGGAACUUGGGGAACAGCCCCGAGAAGUCCAUGCCCGCGGAGAACGCGUUGUCCACCGUGUUGACCGCCAGCUGCCCGGCCAGCAGCCCGAGCCCGCUGAAGAACGCGCCCGCCCGGCUCUUGGCGUUGUAGUCGUCGUCCAGCCACCGCGCAGCCAGCAGCGGCGGGUUCCAGAUCCCGCCGUCCGUGUCCGGGUACAGCUUCGCCGACGCCGACGUCGUUAG